GUUGAGCCAGCGCACUGAAAUAACUAUCGCGAAAGCUCAGGAGCCGAAUGAGGAGCAUCCUGAAAACCAAAUGAGCUAUGAUGAUAUCGGCGGCCUCCGGCUUCAGAAGCAAACACUUCAAGGGCUGACCCGGAUACCUGAAGAAAAAGUCCGGAAACUGCUCUACCUCGGCAAGUUCCCUCCGCGACGGCUUCUGCUGGUAGGUCCGCCGGGUACCGGAAAAUCCCUCCUGGUCAGGGCAGCCGCCGCCGAUCUGAGCUUGGAGAUCGUGGAAGUAACCACAGAGAACGCUGUCAAGGUAUUGGGCGGCGACGCCCACGAAACCUCUCGCCUCGCGAAGAAGGCUUCGACGAGUCUAGUUCUCGUUGAUAACCUCGAUGCCUUCAGCAGCAGGAAGGAUAAGGAAUCGCAAGGGAGACUCGUAGCAUUCCUCAAACGGCUCCCUGAGCAGACGCUGGUGAUAGCGACCACCAACAAGCCGUCCAAUGUGGAUGAAAUUCUUCAAGCAUUGUUCGAUCGAGAAAUUGAGAUAACAAUCCCCUCCUCCGACGAGCGGCUUGAAAUCCUCAAGUUGAGUCUACGUGAUAUGCCGCACGAUGUUACGGACCUUGAGCUCACCGAGGUAACUCUGUCACUGCAUGGCUAUACGGGUGCGAAUAUCGAGACAUUGGUGAGGGAGGCACUGGCUACGUCGAUGAGAGACCCAGGAGAGAUCUGCAUCAGAGCUGGACAUCUGAAGCAAGCUGUCAAGGUUGUGCGGCCCCUCGAGAUGCGCGACGUCGUUCUGGAAAUUCCGAAGGUGAAUUGGAAGGAUAUCGGUGGAAUGGAAGACGUGAAAAAACGUUUCCGGCAGUGCGUCGAGUGGCCAAUCCUACACAAGGAAGCCUUCCAGAGGUUCAAGAUCAAACCUCCGAGUGGAUUGCUCAUGUACGGUCCUCCAGGAUGCUCGAAGACUAUGAUCGCUAGAGCCUUGGCCACGGAGAGCUCAUUGAAUUUCUUGGCUGUCAACGGCUCCGAACUCUUCUCGAAGUGGGUGGGCGAUAGCGAGAAAGCUGUGAGAGAUCUGUUCCGGAGAGCUCGGAAUGUGGCCCCCGCCGUGGUGUUCUUCGAUGAGAUAGAUGCCAUCGCAACCAAACGGAAUACGUCGUCCGGCGGCAGUGGCGUCGGAGACCGAGUUCUGGCCCAGUUGCUCACUGAAAUCGAUGGUAUCGAAGGCCUCGAGAAUGUCAUCUUGAUCGCCGCAACUAAUAGACCGGAUAUGAUUGAUGAGGCUCUUCUACGACCUGGCCGUCUGGACUGUGUGGUCUACGUUCCGCUACCGGACACCGAUACCCGACGAGAAAUCCUCCGUAUCGAACUGAGUGAGCGUCAGGCUGCUGAAGACGUUUUGAUCGAUGAUCUCGUUGUGAAAACCGAAGGAUACUCCGGUGCAGAGAUCGUUGCCGUGGUCCAGGAGGCGGUCAUGAAGGCACUGGAAGAGUCGUUCGAGAUCUCGGCCAUCGGAAAGCGUCACUUCCUCCAGGCGCUCGAUGCAGUGCGGCCGCGCAUCAGCGCGGAAUCGAUAGCGUUUUAUGAGCAGUUCCAUAAGGCAUUCAAUAAACGUUGACUCCGUGCAGU